CCUUCAGAACCUACAGAAGUCACGUUCCUCAGAAAUGGUGAAACCACUGAUUUUGCUGUUGAAAGAGAUUUAUUAUCCACUUCUUGCAGCUUUUUGUCUUCCUGCAAACCUGGUGACUGUUUUAAUUAUCUUACGAGGAAACUGUGGCCUUUCCAGGUGCAUCUCUGCUUACAUGGUGGCGAUGGCAACUUCGGAUUUUUUGGUCAUUGUCAACAAUAGUAUAGUAUAUCGUAUUUUGAGUUAUUACCUUCCAUUUUCCUUCCUGUCCCACACACCUGUGUGCAAGCUCAUUGUAUAUACGAUGGCCAUGAGUCUCGAUUUAACUGUUUGGUUCACCGUUUCAUUCACGUUUGACAGAUUUGUUGUGAUCUGCUGCCAGAAGUUUAAAACAAUAUAUUGUACCAAAAGGACGGCGACCACAGUGCUAAUAACCAUCUCAGUCUUGAUCUUGUUAAAGAAUAUCCCAGUUUUGUUUGCAUAUGUGCCAGAGCAAAUCAUUGACAAAAUUCAGUGGGGCUGCCAAUCCAGUGUAACUUUCUUUACUUCAACUCCAGGGAUCGCGUUUGUCUGGUUUUACAGUGUCUGGAUUGCUUGGCUUCCAUCUCUCCUCAUUUUUCUGUUUAAUUCUUUGACCAUUCACCGUAUUGUAUUGGCAAAUAGAACUCGUGUUGGACUCCAGGGUCACAGAAAUGAGAAUCAAAGCAAUUCAGAGUUGGAGAAUCGGAGAAAAUCUAUCAUUUUAUUGUUCUCGGUAUCAAUCAGUUUCAUAAUGCUUUGGUUGACAUAUUCCACGAGUUUGGUCAUUACCAGACUGUCAAACCUUAAUUAUUACCGAGGUGAUUUCAACAACCCUGAAUAUAUCACAAUUGAAAUAGGAAAUAUACUCAAGUUGUUGAGUUGUUUCCUGAACCCAUGCAUUUAUGCAAUCACCCAGAACAAAUUCAGAGAAGAGCUUAGGAAUAUGUUGAACUGUCUAUGGAAAUAAAUUCCCAGAUUAGUUGAAAAACAGAUUCACAAAACAAAUCUAUUUUCGGUGAAGUUCUUUCUGGCUGAGAGUUAAUUUCACAUCAUUUUCCACAAAGGAAUUCGCUUCAUUCCCUGAGCUGCAAAUAAAAAAAUGAUUUUUACAGAUAUUUCUGAUAUUUUCCAUUGGACAUUUUAUG